UGGGGUGCUGCGGUUCAGUCGACGAACGAAAUUCGCCCCAACGAGAGGCAGCUGCCAGCAUUGUACAGAGACCCAAGCUCCUCCGUGGCAGUUGUGAAGUGUUGUAGUGUGGAGAACGAGAACAGAAAGAAGGAAGGAAGCAAAGAAUACGAGGAAAAUACACAGCGAAACGAAUACACAAAAAAUAUACACUCAGCCAGCGACAGCGAUACGUAGAGACAAAAUAAUCGAAAAAGAAAACUUUGAAAUUUGCUGCUGGUACGGAAAACGCACAUUUGGGAAGAGAAAAGGUGAACAAAAAGCUAACGAUUAACUACUAACCCAGGGAACAGCGCAAGCACUACUAACCAACAAACAUCGAGCAAAAAUGAUGAGCCAAGUGGACUAAUCGACUACUUCCUCUAUACACACAAACACACACACAACCCGUGAUUGAUGAUGACAACGCAGCAGCUUGUACAGGCAGGUACAGAGGAGGCAGCGACACCAGAGGCAGCAGCAGCAGAACAGACAGGGAACAACAACGAAGAAGCAGCAGCAGCAGUAGGAACAGCCAUGACAGCAGCAGCCACAACAGCAGGCGGUGCUGGUGGGCAGAAGCAGAGCAGCAAGCACAGGUCGAGGUCAUCCGCACGCUACGAUGACGUCGAGAAGCAGCAGCGCAAGAGCCGCGCCAUUGUCUCCAUCCCGAAUACCAUAAAGCUGAGCAUGCUGAACAGCGGACUGCUCUCCUUCGAGCGCAUCAAACUGGAGGCACGCGACGAAAACAAUUCCCUCUCCAAGACCAUACCCAAUGGACCCAUCGAUAUCAGACAUUUCCUGAAACUGUGCGAUCUGCGCAGAAAGUUCCCAGUGCUGUACAAACUAGAGUUCCAAACAGCCGCCAAGGUGGAGACGAACACCUGUCGGCAUGCGUUGAAGAAGAACAACCAGGAGAAGAACCAGAAUCCCAAGUGCAUUCCAUAUGACUACAAUCGCGUGGUGCUGGAGAAGGUGGGUGGGCUGCAGGACUCGGACUAUGUGAAUGCCUCCUAUGUGGACAGUUUGCUCAAGCCGAACGCGUACAUCGUGACCCAGGGACCUGUGCUGGAGACAGUCGUGGCCUACUGGCGCAUGGUGUGGCAGGAGAACAUCAGCGCCAUUGUGAUGCUCACGAAGACCUUUGACUUUGCCAAGGUGAUGUGCCACCAGUACUGGCCGGCCAACAUGGAGGUGCACGAGACAUACGGCGACAUACACAUCAACAUCGUGAGGGAGGAGCAGCUGGCCAACUUCCACAUUCGCACCUUUCGGCUGUACAAGAAGAACGAGCAGGGGGAGGUGUGCGAUGAGCGGCUGAUCCUGCAGUUCCACUACACCGAAUGGUACUCCCACUCGUGUCCCUUCUCCAAUGCGCUGCUGGAGUUCAGGCGCAGAGUGCGCCUCGUCGUGGGCAACAUCAUCAAGGACGAGGACGACAUGCGUGGACCCAUUCUGGUGCAUUGCAGCGACGGAGGCGGUCGCUCGGGUGUCUACAUGUCCAUCGAUGCCAAUCUGGAGCUGGCCGAGGAGGAGGAGUGCUUCAAUGUCUUUGGCUACCUCAAGAAGCUGCGGCAGUCACGCAAAGGCCUCGUGGAGAACGUGGAGCAGUACAAGUUCAUCUACGACACGCUGGAGGAGCACAUCAUCUGCGGCAAGACGUGGUUCCCCGUCUCCGAGCUCUCGGAUCGCCUCAAGGCCAAGGCCCGCCGCAACUCUGGCACCAAGCUGAACGAGUACCAAAUGGAGUACGAUCAGAUCUGCAAGCAGACACCGCGAUUCACCAUCGGCGACUGUGCUGGCGGCCAUCGUGCGGACAACAGAGAGAAGAACCGGGACGUGCUGUGCGUGCCGCCGGACAAUUUCCGGCCCUACCUCACCUCCUUCCAGGGCAACGCCUUCACGGACUACAUCAACUCGGUGUUCGUCGAUGGAUACACCAAGCCGCGCGAGUACAUUGUCACCGAGUGGCCCAUGAAGCACACGCUGGGAGAGUUCUGGUCGCUGGUCUACGAUCAGGAGUGCUCCGCGGUGGUGGUGCUCUGCCAGCCGCCCUCCCAGUCCCAGUCGUAUCCCUCCUUCUGGCCAAACAAGUCCAAAAUGGAGAAGUACGGCCCAGUGUUCUCCGUGCACUAUGUCAUGUCGAAGAGCUACACAAACAUCAAGCAGUGGGAGUUCAAGAUCAACAAGAAGAUCGUUUCGCUCACCGAAAUGAUGGCCGGGGUGAAGGCGCCCACGAGGACCGUCCAGCUGUUCCAGCUCACCUGCUGGCCAAUGGGUCACAAGGUGCCCAGCUCGACGAACUCGCUGGUUUAUCUGAUGAACAUGGUGGAGAUAUGGCGGAACAAGGUCGACUAUGGCCCCGUCUGCGUUGUCUCGCCCGAUGGUCGCAGUCGGGCCGGUGUCUACUGUGCCGCGAAUGCGUGCAUCGAGCAGGUCAUCCAGCACGGGGAGGUCGAUGUCUUCCAGGCGGUCAAAACUGUGCGCCGUCACAGGCCGCAGCUGGUGGAGAACAUGACCGAGUACAAGUACUGCUACGAUCUGGUCCUGCACUAUGUCCUGCACUUCCUCAACAAGAAGGACUGAUUGGACGCGAAAGUUGUGCGUGACUUUUGUUAUUUUUGGGCGCUCCGUCGCGACGGUGGCGACCCAGCUCAGGCUGCUUUAAUGGUUAACAAUGAUGAAACUCAACUUGAACAAGUGGUCCACAUUUGAUGCCACCCCCAUCUAUGGGUGGGGCACACACACACCGCCUUAAAGCAAUAAUACUGAGUAUUUUGUUGUCCACCAAAAACCGAUUUUGUUAACUCACUUUUCACGCGGCGCAUCGAAAUGAAAUUUCACGCCCCGCCGAGCCAAAGAGCGAGUGCACAUUUGUACUUGUUUUUCCUUUUGGUUUUUGCAAGAGGUCCGCGUGCCACACGACUGGCAGGGCCAUAAAAAAACACAACAAAAAACUACAUAACUAUAUAUCUACCAUACCUAUAUCUAUAAACUAUAUCUAUUGUAACUACUAUUUGCCUAUUGAUCUGAACUGUAUGUGCCAUGUGUGAAACCCUAAUUGUUGUUUGUUACGAUGAUAAAUGUUAUGAGAAGAAGCGGAGGGAAGUGAUUAGAAGAGAGUGAUGAGAGAGUGGAAACUAUUACGAUUACCAUUUAUAUUUAUACUUAUAUUUAUACAUCCUAAAUAGUUACAUCUACGUUUACGUUUACUCUAAAAGAACUUGCUACCUGGGCAAUUGUUGAUAUAUAUCUAACUACCACACACACACACAAAUACCUUACAAAACAUAUAUGAAUCUAUUUAUAUAUACUACAUAGAGAUAUACAUAUAUAUAUGAAUGUUAUGUACUGUUGUAAAAGUUGGAGGAUGGAAGAGAUUGUUUUUCCGGUAUGAAACUUUACUUUUUAUUCAUGUUAAACGGAGAACAUUUAUUGCAAUGCAAAAACAUACAAAAUGUGAGCAAAAAAACUUCAGGGGGAAUGAAGAGAACCAAACUUUAUAUAUAUUAUUAUUUAUUUAUAGUAAACAUACACACACACACACACACACUUGUACACACUCAUACAUAAGUAUAUGAUUGUAUAAUAAUUUUCCUGUAUUUUCGCAUUUAUGCAUUAGAACAGACAGACGACACACACAAAGGGAAACCUACAUAUAUUGUUGUAACUGUAAUGGAAUUAUUUAUUUUUUUAAAUGUGACAAACAAA